AUGGCCACUACUUCAAUGUCAGUAAACACGGCCACAGCCAAUAUCCAUCCAAACGGAUCGCAAUCCUCUUUGCCUGAUUCACCAACUUCAAUCUUGGCAGGAACAAAAUCUGGCAAAAAGAUGGCUUCAGGUUCUACAAAUACACCCUAUUCAGCGCCACCAAUCCCAAAAACGUUUCGUGAUUCUGUUGGUGCUUACUUUCGUAAAUCAGAUAGUGCAGCUCCAGAGCUAUACCUUUAUAGACAUUCAGGAUACUUUCAAGGUGCAACUUUGCAAAAUGCGCCCAAUGCUGAUCUGAUGACUGCAUUCAAAGCCGCUCAAUCGCAUUCCCUUAAAAUGUCACAAGGGGCAGAGCAUCCUGCACAACAAUCAGGCGAUGCAAGACAACACUUGGAAGCAGCAUUACAAUCACAACAAAGUGUUGCCAAUAAUGCUCAUACAAAGGGAAAAGAUAGAGCGACAGUUGGUACGGAACUCAAUUCGGACGGUAAGGUUGGAAGCAUUCGAUUGGUUGACAUUGGAUCCACUACUUCUUCGGGAGGUGGUUUUGCAUCAUGGUUUACCUCCGCUACGCCACGAAUGAUUAAUAUGCUAGAAAUCGGUACACUCAGACCGGUAGAAGAGGUACACGCUGAUGAGAACGAAGAAAAAGUAGUCCUUCUGCACGGGUACGGAGCGGGAACAGCAUUCUUCUUUCAAAAUCUGAAAUCGUUGGCCAAACAUCCCGAUAGCAGGCUGUAUGCUCUAGAUUGGCUAGGAAUGGGAAGGAGUAGUCGAGUACCCUUCCAUAUCACAAGCAAGCAAGCCAAAACAACGGAGACACGAGUAGAGGCAGCUGAAUCGUUCUUCGUUCAAGCUUUGGAAGAUUGGAGACAAACGAUGGGUUUGAAGAAGAUCACGCUUGUCGGACACAGUUUGGGUGGUUAUCUGUCAGUCGCAUAUUCGUUGAAGUAUCCACAGAAUGUCAACAGACUUGUCUUGCUAUCUCCUGCGGGUAUACCCGAAGCUCCUGAAGAAGCAAAGAGUGACGCUAACAAUCCGCCACCCAGACCUGCCGAUCGUAAAGAUGCAGAUAAGAUUGCAGCAGAAGUACAGCAAUCCCAACAAGAUGUUGCACCGGAUACCGAAGCGCAAAGAAGACUAGAUGCGGACAGAACGAUUGACGCAGCGUCCGCGACGAAGAGAAGAGGAAGCAAUGACGUUAGCGAACGGAUACAAACAAUCAAACCGGGCGAAACAUCUGAUUCAGAAGAAGCAACAGGUAAUCCGCCUAAACCCCCACCGAAGAGAAGCAGUCGUACUCGUAAUAUGGUUCAAUUCUUAUGGGAGGCCAACUUGAGUCCUUUCGCCAUCUUGCGAACGAGUACAAUCUUUGGACCCAUGUUAGCAGGUGGAUAUACGUCAAGACGAUUUGCAAGCUUACCCGAUGAAGAUUUGCGAGCACUGCAUGCAUACUGCUAUGACGUCUUCACCUCUCGUGGAUCAUCAGAAUACUGUCUUGCUCAUAUUCUUGCACCUUUUGGUUUUGCAAGGAUGCCAAUGGUUCAUCGUAUUUCAGCUUUACCGAAAACAUUACCCGUCACAUUCAUUUAUGGUGAACGUGGAAUCGAUUGGAUGGACGAAUCAGGUGGAAAUGAAUCAGUAAAAGCAUUAGCAAAAGCAGGAAAUCCACAUGCUCGUUGCUUUGCCGUUCCUCAUUCUGGUCAUCAUGUUUAUCUUGAUAAUCCACGUGCUUUUGAUACCCUGCUAGGACGUGUUUUACGUGGUCAAGCUGAUGAUGCUGGAAAAGCUGGUUCUCUGGCCACACAAGGGUAA